AUGGCAGCAAUCUUCGAGAAGCUGCCAUCGCUUCCGAUGGCGGACCGGCCUGACUCAAUGGCAUCUGUCGCCUCGAUUCUCACCAACGACUCCGUCGUCUCAGACGCCACAGAGACUGUUGCUCGGAAGCCUUCUUCCGAGGAAUGUCACCAAGAUGAGGCCGAUGAGGGCGACGAUUCGCUUGUUUUUGCCAUCAGGGCACUGCGCCUACUCGAUAAUCCGCAGACUGCUGCCACAGAAGCAAUUCAGGCUUUCGACCCCAGCGCCAAUCUGCAUCCUGAUCUCGUCAGGCUCUUGGUAGCUGCUGCUAUGAGACACCCAGAUGUUGCCCACGGGCUGAUAGAGCUGGGCCAAAAUAUUCAUGGUGGCCAGCUUAGCCGUUCAGGGGCCUUGCAACAGCAUGGCGACCUUGCCGUCCAGCAGCCGACCGGAGUGCUGGACCAGAUCAGCAUUUCUUCACUACUAUCCAGUAUCAGUGAAUCUACCGCCAGGAGAGCGCCUUCUCCAAACAGGGACAGUGCCAGUGUACCAUCUUUGAAGCGCCGUCUGAGUGUUCUAGCCACGAAGAAGACAUCGGACACCCAACAGGCUCCACCAAAGAGAAAGGAGAAGAUUUCAGUUGACACGAUUAAGAAGAUUUGCAAGGCCAACUUGAAAGACACGAGGGAAAGCAUUGACAAGCUGGAACAAGCUGACUUCGAUGACGAAUUUCUCAGCGCGGAUGAGUUGAAGAGGCAGGCGGAAGAGUAUCUCGGCCACGAGACUGGAAAGUUCGCGCUAUGCCUCGCACUCACUCUGAAAAACGAGGAGCAGCGGUGGGAAAGCGUCACUCACCUCAUGACCACUAUGGCAGACAAGCUCAAGAUUCUCUUGUCCACAAAGGGCCGAUUCGGACCAUCGGGAGAUGUUGGUCUUCCAGGCCAGGACGGAUUCGGCAUCCGCGACUGCUGGGUCGUCCUCUCUGAGGCUGAACAGGAGAGGCUGGCCCUCGACAAGCAGUGGGUGAAGCAGCUGAGAGACGCCGCGCAGGUUGCGCCUCGGCACGCAGCCAGGGUUUGGGAAAUACUGGACAUGUGCGACCAUAUCCAGGAGACUGUCGCACCCCAGCGGUCUUCGGAGGAGAGAGCUGGCUGCCGAGACAGUAUCGCGGCUCGCCUUGAGGAAAGCUUCGAACCACCUGCGACACCGAAAGCAUCGACGGAGAACAAGGUGAUCAAACGCCCGGCCAUGACUGCGCGCUCGCCGGAGGAAAUCACGGACCGGUGGUGCUUUUUCUUCGAUCUCCUCGACGAGGAGGCCGCCAGGCGAUGCUUCCGGGAGCUGAAGCUGUUGCGCCAGCUUUUCAAUGCCGCCAAGCAAGCACCUACCGACCGGAUGGGCAACCUGAAAUCGAAGGCGAGGAAGGCUUUUGCCGAGAAGCAAGACGACGAUCUGGAGCGGUGGUUGGACACCAAAUGGGCCAUGUCAGCCAUGAAGGGCUUCAUGAUGACCAAGGCGGAGCUAUAUGAUGUCGACGGCAGCGCGGACAGCUUGAGCAAACUGGAAAAGCUGGAUGAUGCAUUUUGCAAAUGCUUCUGGGGAUGUCUGGGAUCUGGUGACCACAAGCGGAUAGCACAGGAGGACGGCAAAAAGUGGGUGAUGGAUAUCAUGAAGGUCUUCCAGCACAGGAGAAGGUAUGAGGUCAUGUUCAGGCUGAGAGAUAUCCUUCAUUUCAUGCAGUCAAAUAUGUAA